CGCUCCCUGCUCCCGGCGCUCCCGGGCCCGUCCCUUGUCCCGGUUCCGCUCCUCCUGUCCCGGGCGGGUAUGGCGGACGAGGGCGCCGUGACGGUGUGCGUGCGUGUUCGGCCGCUCAUCGCCAGAGAAAAUGCCUCAGGAGAUAAAGUGUCCCUGCACUGGAGAAGUGAGAAUAAUACUGUUUCCGACGUGAAUGGUACCAAAAUAUUUAGUUACGAUCGUGUCUUUCACUCAAGUGACAACACUCAGCAGUUGUAUGAUGGUGUAGCUGUUCCAAUUAUACAGUCAGCUGUGCGAGGCUAUAAUGGUAAGUUUUAA